AUGCCAAGUAAUUUCAUCCCCAACACCAAAGGGUACGAUGAGGCCCGCGCCAAUGAUCCGCGAUCAGAGGAGUCGAAGAAGAGGGAUCUGAUUUCCCGCGGCGACUACACACCGACGCCCGUGGGCAAGCUCGUCUUUGUCUUAGCGAGAGCUUUUGACCCAUUUAUCCAAUACUCUAUACUGCAUGGCGCAGGUACAGGGCUUCUGCAUCAGCUCGGGCUGCGAACGUUGCCACCCGGUACUCCUGCGAACACUGGUAUAAGUGCACUUGAUGGACUAGGGCUAUCACCAUAUCGACUAGUACUUUUGGGCAUGGCCGCGGGAAGCGCGGUGAAGCAAGACAUAUGGGCAGUCGCUCUUUCGGGAGAGCCUAUGAACGUCAACAACGCUAUCGCGAUCUCAAUCUUCAACACAGUCUUCAACAGCCUCAACUCAUAUGCCUUCCUCAUUCGUGCAACUUCUGCUUCGCUCGAAUCCAAUUUUCCGCAGCCGGCGCUUCUUGUUGGGGGCGCGUUGUAUGUAACAGGCCUUCUUACGGAGCUCAUCUCAGAAGUGCAAAGGAAGCAGUUCAAAAAGGAUCCCAAGAACAAGGGCAAGCCAUACACUGGGGGUCUGUGGAGCUUCGCAAGACACAUCAACUACGGAGGCUACACUGUCUGGAGGGCGGCAUACGCCCUUACUGGAGGAGGCUGGAUCAUGGGCGCUAUUGUGGGAACAUUCUUCUUCGUGGACUUCGCCAGGCGGGGAGUGCCCCGUUCUCAAUGA